UGAAAAUAUUUGUGUGGAGAUGGAAGAAGAGAAGAUAAAAGUGAAUCCUCAUCAAUUUUUUCGCUUUAUUUAACCGUUCCUAUGCUCGCACAAUAUGAUCUGCAUCAGAACUCAACAUUUUAAUUUAAAUCGGAUCCUCCUACUUGCAGUUGGCCUAUGGCCUUAUCAAAAAUCAAAAUUCGUUCGGUUUCAGGGAAUUUUGUUCUUCGGUAUUCUGUCGAGCUUUAUUAUAUUCCAGCUUACAGCACUUAUAAAAAAAGAUUGCACUAGUGAGUUUGUGAUAAAAGUUUUUUCUAUUACAAUGAUUUUCAAUAUCUAUGCAAUCAAAUACAACAUGUUUUGGAUUAACACUCAUAAUCUAAGAAAUUUGUUGGAGCAAUUACAAUAUAUCUGUAAUGAAUUAAAAGACGAAAAUGAAAUUGCUAUCCUUAUAAAAUAUGGAAAUAACACGAAACGUUAUACAGCUAUAUUUACAUUGCUCACUAUAUGCUUGACAUUGUCUACUGUAAUAUUAUUAAUUUGGCCACUGAUCUUCGGUACUGUCUUACACAUAAAUGAAUCUCAAGUAAUAACAAUGCUGACAGAAUACGUAGUCGAUCGAGAAAAGUAUUUCUAUUUAAUUUUACUACAUGUAAACAUAGUUAUUUGUAUAGGAUCGACUACGAUUACAGCGACAGGAUUGAUGAUUUUAGGAUGCAUCAUACAUAUCUGUGGACUGUUUAAAAUUGCAAGCUAUCGUAUGGAGCAAGCAAUGACAACUAAAAUGCUACAAAAUAUCAACCUGGAAAAUCAAACCACGAUUUGUAAAAAAAUAUUUUAUGCUGUCGAAAUCCAUCGCAAGACUAUGAAAUUCACCAAUUUACUCUUCUCUAGUUUUGAAGGCUCAUUCUUCUUAUUAAUAGCUUUUCUUGUUACUUCUUUGAGCCUAAAUAUGUUUGGAAUCUUUCAUAAUGCAUCGCUUGGAGAUAUGGAAUCAGUUUUAUUACAUUUAAUAAUUGUAUUAAUCAUGCUUUUAUACAUGUUUGUGGCUAAUUAUGCCGGGCAAGAAGUUAUAAAUUAUAGUAAUCAUAUAUAUUCUACCGCAUACAAUGUUCGAUGGUACGAGGCACCAUUAAAUGUACAGAAGAUGAUACUCUUUAUUUUGCAAAGGAGCAGGAAAAAUUUCCACAUAAAAAUCGCCGGACUGUUUAUAAUUUCAUUAGAAUGUUUUGCUACGUUAAUAAAAGCGUCGAUGUCUUAUUUCACCUUUAUGUAUUCUACGCAAUAAUGAUGCAAAGGUCAUUAGGCCAAAAAAACGACUGUAAAAUAUUUUCUAUACUUUAUGCAAUAAUGAUGCAAA